AUGACAAACGCCAUGGUCAAGGAGGGAGAGGAGCAGACCAAGGAGGGAGAGGAGCAGGUCAAGGAGGGAGAGGAGCAGGUCAAAGAGGGAGAGGAGCAGGUCAAAGAGGGAGAGGAGCAGGUCAAGGAGCGAGAGGAGCAGGUCAAAGAGGGAGAGGAGCAGGUCAAGGAGGGAGAGGAGCAGGUCAAAGAGGGAGAGGAGCAGACCAAGGAGGGAGAGGAGCAGGUCAAGGAGGGAGAGGAGCUGGUCAAAGAGGGAGAGGAGCAGGUCAAGGAGGGAGAGGAGCAGGUCAAAGAAGGAGAGGAGCAGGCCAAGAAGGGAGAGGAGCAGGCCAAGAAGGGAGAGGAGCAGGUCAAGGAGGGAGAGGAACAGAUCAAGGAGGGAGAGGAGCAGGUCAAGGAGGGAGAGGAGCAGGCCAAGGAGGGAGAGGAGCAGGUCAAGGAGGGAGAGGAGCAGGCCAAGAAGGGAGAGGAGCAGGUCAAGGAGGGAGAGGAGCAGGUCAAAGAGGGAGAGGAACAGGUCAAGGAGGGAGAGGACCAGGUCAAAGAAGGAGAGGAGCAGGUCAAGGAGGGAGAGGAGCAGGUCAAAGAGGGAGAUGAGCAGGUCAAGGAGGGAGAGGAGCAGGUCAAAGAAGGAGAGGAGCAGGCCAAGAAGGGAGAGGAGCAGACCAAGGAGGGAGAGGAGCAGGUCAAGGAGGGAGAGGAGCAGGUCAAAGAGGGAGAGGAACAGGUCAAGGAGGGAGAGGAACAGGUCAAGGAGGGAGAGGAACAGGUCAAGGAGGGAGAGGAACAGGUCAAAGAGGGAGAGGAGCAGGUCAAAGAGGGAGAGGAGCAGGUCAAAGAGGGAGAGGAGCAGACUUCAGAGAGGCGUCCCCCUGAGGGCAGGGGGCAGGAUGCUCUGGAGCAGGGGAGAGCAGUAAACAAACAGCAGGUCAAAAAGGCAGCGCAUGAACCAGCCCAGUCCUUCUCGGAACACUCUCUGGGUGUGCGGGGACUGAUCUAUUGGGGGGGGUUGGGAGUGAAAGUUCAGAAGCCCCUCAGCUACAAAUUUGGGACAGAACCAGGGGGGAAGGGGGAGGGGGGGGUCAUGUUUCCUCCUGGAGCCCACUUCCUGUCCCGCUCCCAAAAAGGAAAGAGCAGGAAGUGA